GUCACGGCAGAGGGGCUCCCGCAGCGGCUUAGUCAGCGGACUCCUCGCGUCCUGCUGAGAUGGCGAGCGUGGCUGCAUCUGCAGCUGCAGACUCCACCCUGCUUCCGCCUUUGGAGCAGCUCCGGCACCUGGCAGGGGAGCUGCGGUUCCUUCUUCCUGGAGUGCGGGUCGGCGAAGCCCGGGAGACCACCAAGGAGUUUGAUCGGGAAACCUUUUGGAGGAGACUCCGUGAGGCAGCUAUGGCAGUGUCAAGGGCAGCCACGACUCUGACCGAAGUCUUCUCUCGACUUCCACUGCCGUCACCACAGGAAACCCAGAAGUUCUCUGAACAAGUCCAUGCUGCCAUCAAGGCAAUUAUUGCAGUAUACUAUUCGCUUCCCAAGGAUCAGGGAAUCACCCUGCGAAAGCUGGUACGGAGCGCCACUCUGGACAUCGUGGAUGGCAUGGCUCAGCUUGUGGAAGUGCUUUACAUCACUCCAACUCAGAGCCCGGAGAACCUUAUUUCCUACAACAGUGUCUGGGAGGCGUGCCAGCAGGUGCCUCGGAUCCCGAGAGAUAACAAAGCUGCAGCCCUUUCAGUGCUGACAAAGAGUGUGGAUCUUGUGAAGGACGCACAUGAGGAAAUGGAGCAGGCUGUGGAAGAAUGUGACCCUUACUAUGGCCUCUUGAGUGACAUUGAGGAGGACAACUCUGACAACCACGGUGAUGAGGAUAUAUUGGGAUGUCCAAGCAAUCGGGAUUCAUAUUGGUCAGAGGAAGAUCAGGAGCUCAUAAUCCCGUGCCUUGCACUGGUGAGAGCAUCCAAAGCCUGCCUGAAGAAAAUCCGGCUCUCAGUGGCAGAGAAUGGGAAGAAGGAUCAGGUGGCCCAGCUGGAUGACAUUGUGGACAUUUCUGAUGAGAUCAGCCCUAGUGUGGAUGAUUUGGCUCUGAGCAUAUACCCACCUGUGUGCCAUCUGACUGUGCGAAUCAAUUGUGCAAAACUUGUAUCCGUUUUAAAGAAGGCACUUGAAAUUACAAAAGCAAGUCAUGUGACCCCACAGCCAGAAGAUAGUUGGAUCCCUUUACUUAUUAAUGCUGUUGAUCAUUGCAUGAACAGAAUCAAGGAGCUCACUCAGCAUGAAGUUGAAUCAUGAAUUUUCAGGCUCAUUUGUACUCUCCUCUCUCCCUUUCUUACUGUUGCAGCCAAGCUCUGAUGUCUGCUUUUAGAAUGGGGCUAGGAUACUUUCUGGACCGAAAGGGAGGUCCUAUCUAUACUUAUCAAGAGACACUAUUACCAAAGUUUGUUGAUUAGGCCAAACUGGCAAUUAUUUAUAAACCAUAUGAGUAUGAUAUGUUUUUCUGUGCCAGAUAUAAAAGAUAAUUGUAUGAGUUUUUAUUCUUGAGUUGCCUCUCAGAGAUUCCUGGGGAAGCUGCCUUAUUCCCUAUUUGCAAUAAAGUGUGUCGUUUCAUUGCUAAAGAUGUUGAUAGUCUCAAUAAAAUGCUAACCUGCUAGUGGUUAAAUGA